UACUUGAUGAUAUAUUUUUCUAGAUUUAAAGUUGCACAAAAAUUUACCUCAAGUAUUUUAAUUUUUUUAAGAUUAAUAAUCUAUUCAAUAUUUACAAAUUUUUUUAGAUUAUUUCCAUAUAUUUUCCCUUUGACUAGACAUUUAAUAUUUAAUUUAUCUAUAUCAUUAUCUUUAUGGUUAAGAUUUUUUUCUAUUUUCAUUACAUAUAUAAUUCAACCAUUGACUUUAUCAAUUCGAUUGUCAUCAAAUUUAAUUUCUGGACAUCCAAUUCUAAUUCUACUAAGAAAUUUUAUAAUAAAUUUUCUAUUUAUUUUACCUUUUAAUAUAAUUAUUCAAAAUGUACUACUUUUUUUUAUACUUGAUGAUAUAUUUUUCAUUAAAAAUUACGUGCGUGUCGUGAAUGAAGAACCUCGAAAUUUCGAUACAGAUAACAAUAUAGAUGAGACUUUCAAUUGA